AUGGAUAACCCUUUCUCUAUGGAAGUUGAUAGUGGGAAUGUAACACAAAAUCCUGAAAAUAUGGAAACAUCUGAAACGACAAAAGAUAUUAAAAAGAAAAAGACGAAGGCAACAACAUCUGAUGUGUGGAGAUAUUUCACAAAGCUUAGACCUGGUGAUGAUGGUAUAGAUCGUGCUCAAUGUGAUGGAUGCAAACAGAAGUUCAAAGCUGGUGAUGGAUUAAAAAUUGCUCAUGAUGCAUUGGAUAAGAUUAGAGAAAGUGUGAAAUAUGUAAGGGGAUCGGAAAGUAGAAUGAUAAGGUUUAAAAAAUGUGUUUCUGCGAUUCCUGGUUUGAAUUUUACAAGUGGGUUGCAUCUAGAUGUUACUACUCGAUGGAAUUCUACGUACAUUAUGCUCGAAAGUGCUAUCAAGUAUCGGAAGGCCUUUGAGUAUUUGAAGGCAACUGAUCAUGCUUAUAAGCAUUCUCCUUCGGUUGAUGAAUGGGGGAGAGCUGAAAGGAUAUUCUAUCAUAUUCAAUAUGUUUUUAUGGGAAGUUUGAGAAGUGAAGAUGAGCUUCUAAGGAGCAUGGGAGAAAAGAUUAUGAAUAAAUUUAAGAAGUAUUGGGAAAAGUAUAGUGUCAUUCUUGCAUUUGGUGCUAUUCUUGAUCCUAGGCUUAAGAUUUCUACUUUAGAGCUUAUGUAUGAAGAGAUUGAUACUGAGACUGCAAAAGGAAAGGUGGAACAGGUGAAAAAGAAAUUAUACAAGCUUUUUGAAAAAUAUGACAAGAAUUCUCCUCCAACUGUUGAAGCACAAGGACCUAGUAUUCAGUCUUCAUCCAUGACCCAUACUCCUGAAAGUGCAAGCAAGAAGCGACUUGCGAUUGUUGGCAAAUUGAUGAAACGUAACCAUCAAGCUGAGGUCUCUAGUGGAAAGAAUCCACUUGAUACAUACUUGGAGGAGCCACUUUUGUCAAAGAAUUGCUUUAAAGAUUUAGAUGUUUUGGAAUGGUGA